AUGGCUGCGGACUCCCCUCUCGCUGCAGCGCUAACCGGAAAAGGAAGUCGGCCGGCGCCGCGGUCUAGUUAUACAUCCCACCCACUGAAGGACAACUUCCGGCCUUCUGGAACCAAUCUUAGACUCUUCCGGUUUAGACUCUUUGGCACUUCCGCCUUCCAAUCGGAAGUUCCUUUUCGGGAGCUUCCGGAUGUCGUCGAGGACGAGGACGAGGGAACCGGGGACGGAGCCAUGAUGGUCGCCGCCGGUCCCGAGGAGGAGCGGCGAAGGCAGCAGCUGCGGCCGAACGAGAUGGAGGACGAGGAGGUGGCGGCGGGCGGAGCGGGUCACGGUGAGGAGACGCUACAAUUGAACCUGGGUGAUCUGGACCUGACCUCUGAGGAGUUCAUCUUGGACGAAGUGGACAUCCACAUCCAAGCCAACCUGGAAGACGCGCUGGUGCAAGAAGCCUUGAAGACGGGGGUGGACCUCAGGCAGUACUCCAAGCAGGUGGAGCUGGAGCUGCAGCAGAUCGAGAACGCCUCCAUCAAGGACUACAUCAAGGAGAGCAAGAACAUUGCCUCUUUGCACACCCAGAUCACGGCCUGCGACGCCGUCCUGGAGCGCAUGGAGGCCAUGCUGAGCUCCUUCCAGUCAGACCUGAGCAGCAUCAGCUGCGAGAUCCAGACGCUGCAGGAGCAGUCGGUGGCCAUGAACGUCCGGCUGCGCAACCGCCAGGCCGUCCGGGGCCGCCUCUCCCAGCUGGUGGACGAGCUGGUGGUGCCCAAUCUCAUGAUCAGGUGG